CUGUAAACAGCAAGAGUCUGUGCUCUUGUGUUUGGCUUCUGACUUCUCAUUUCUUGAGAUGGAUUUGCAUACAACUUGAAACGCAAGAUGCAAUGCUUUCACCAGGCAUUCCUCCUGUGCAUGGUCUUCACCUUCUGCUCACUGCUGUACAUGUUCAAUCAGCUGGCUUCCACCUUGGAGGGCAGAGACGACUGGGACCGGAAGGAACGAGGGGAACCCGGCAGGCUGAGUCAUGACAGCGGGCACCUCCUCAGGAAACACCCAGGACUGGCAGGCCUUCGGGAGAGGUGUAAAAAACUCUCAGUUUCUUACUGGAGUCCAUAUUGGAGACUGCCUGCUGAUGUGUGUGGAGUGAACUGCUUAUUGGAAUCAUCUAUUGGAGAGAGGUCAGGCUCUGAAGUCAAGGAGCAUGGUGAUGGGAGAAGUCACCUGGCUGUGGUGGCCUGUGGCGCCAGGCUAGAGGAGACUCUUGCUAUGUUGAAGUCUGCUGUUCUCCUCAGCAAAAAGCCUCUGCACUUUUACAUCUUCGCUGAGGAUGAUCUACAUGACCCCUUCAGAAAUGCUCUGGACUCCUGGCCCAGGACAGUUCAGACCAAGUUUAACUACACCAUCUACCCCAUCACGUUUCCCAAGGAGAAUGCAAAAGAGUGGAAGAAGCUCUUCAAACCUUGUGCCUCCCAGAGGCUCUUCCUGCCACUGAUCCUGAAGGAGGUGGAUUCCUUGCUCUAUGUGGACACAGAUAUCAUUUUUCUGCAGCCAGUAGAGGACAUCUGGGCCCUUCUUUCUCGGUUCAAUUCAAGCCACUUAGCUGCCAUGGCUCCGGAGCACGAAGAGCCACGCAUCGGCUGGUACAACCGUUUUGCCCGCCACCCUUACUAUGGCAAGACAGGCGUCAACUCAGGGGUCAUGCUCAUGAACAUGACGCGCCUCAGAAAGAAAUCUUUUAAGAAUGACAUGACAACAGUUGCACUGAAGUGGGAGGAAAUUCUUAUGCCACUUCUCCAGAAGUAUAAACUAAAUAUCACCUGGGGUGACCAGGACCUUCUUAAUAUCAUCUUUCACCAUAACCCAGAAAGCCUAUAUGUGUUUCCCUGCCAGUGGAACUACCGUCCAGACCACUGCAUCUAUGGCAGCAACUGUCAACAAGCUGAUCAAGAAGGUGUCUUCAUUCUCCAUGGUAACAGGGGAGUUUACCAUGAUGACAAGCAGCCUGCGUUUCGAGCUGUCUACGACGCCAUCCGAAAGUACCCAUUCGGUGAGAACAUGGAGACCUCACUGCUUCAGCCGCUGGAAGCAUCGCUACAGACCACCACAAAUACCUACUGUGGAAGAAGCAGUCACCUGUUUACGAAGAAGUUAAAACAGAGCAUCAUGUCUGUUCAACAAGAUGUCACACAGAGAAGAUGAUCAGGACAGCACGGAUAUCGUUGGUAUCAUGAUGAGUGUCUAGUCUCUCUGGGAGUAGAGUCUUGGAUGUUUGACAAUCCUGUGGUAGAGUCACAAGUCAGUCUCAACCGCACACUGAAGACAAUCUCUAAAGACAAUAUCUAAAAAAAAAAACCUACAUAGCAGAGCCAAUCCAAAGUCUUUAGGGUGGCUCCUCAUGUUGGGACGGUUGAUUGUCCGUAAUACCUGCUUCGUAGAAGAAAUCCAUCCACAGAACUGUUGUCACAACAGUUGGGGCCUGUGCUAAUGAGCAGGAUUUGGGGUUAGGGAUUUUGGGUUAACUGCAGGGCUGCUACGGAGCGGGUAAUGUUCACAAUAAGAGAUUAACUUGUUUAGAAGCACCGCCUAAUGACCAAUCAAAGCCUUGUGCAUGGAUUGUGAGAUAAUAUUACACAAAUACGAAGAAAUUGAAGUCAUAAUCCAGGUUGAAAGCAACACAUUAUUAACCGCCAAAUUCAGAAAAAGACAGCUGGCAAAAAAAAAAAAAAAAAAAAGGUUUA